AUCAGUGCGGCCGAGCGGGCGGCCAGGACGCGGCGGCUUGGCCGAGUUUCUCCUGCGGUGAGGCUGCCCCAGGACCCGGCACGUGGGCAACGGGCCAUGGCGGCCUCAAUUAUCCGCCCAGAGCGCGGUCAAAUCUCUGGCCAGGCAAAAAUAGACCUCUUGUUAGUUGGAGACCUCACUGUUCAGUACCUGGCAGAUAUUGCACAGAAAUCCUUUUCAAAUAUUGCAAAAGUCAUCAUAACCAUCAGGGAUGUGGGGCAGGCAGCCGCACUGCUGAAGGACCGCCCAUUUGACAUGGUUUUCCUGAAGAUGACUUCUUUGCCAACAGCCGAGUUGCUGGGAGCUAUCAAAUUAAUUAGAUUUGGCAAGAAGAAAAAUACACAUUUGCUGUUUGUUUUUAUCACCCCUGAGAAUUUUAAAGGUUGUGUUUCAGGGCACGGAGCUGACAUUACUCUAAAUGAACCAAUGACCAUCGAGAAAAUGAGUAUUGUGGUAAAGUACUGGAAAACCUAUUUCUCAAAUACUGCUAAGAUUGAAUAUUCUGUAAAGCCUGAAGAACCAGGAUUGCCCCUGCAGAAGUCCUGCAGUGAACAAUUGGGAUAUUUUUCUACUGAUCUAUUUGCUUGCUCUGGAUCUCUAAGAAAUGACUUUGGGCUUAAAUUAAAGGCUCCGUUGCCAGAGUUUGAAAAAAACAAAAAGAUUUCUCUUCUUCAUUCAAGCAAGGAAAAGCUAAGAAGAGAACGAAUCAAGUAUUGCUGUGAGCAGCUGCGUACUCUGUUGCCGUAUGUAAAGGGAAGAAAGAAUGACUCGGCUUCGAUUCUUGAGGCAACAGUUGAUUAUGUGAAGUACAUCCGGGAGAAAAUCCCCCCAGCCAUUAUGGGCCAGAUUACGGACAUACUUCAGAGCAAUAGGAGGUUUUGUAAGAAGCAGCAGAUGUCCAUCCAGCUAUCCCUCCCAGGCACGAUCACGGCACAAAGGGAAAAUGGUGUGUUGACAAGCACUUAUUCACCUGUGAGAGGGAUCAGAUUCCUGACUAAUAAGUGCUUGAAUGUGUACUCUGUUCCUGCCUCAGGGGGCUCCUUGGAUGAAACUGUGAGAGGUCAGUCCAGCUCCACUUCAGAGAAUGCAAUUGGUGAUGUGUAUAAAACUCGAAUUCCCAGCAAAGCCCUCUCCCUUAAUUCCUUCCGUGCUGUCAGAUACUAUUCUAAAGUCAUCCCUUCCUAUGAUGCAGCUGCUGUAACAAAUCAGAACAUUUCAGUUCAUUUUCCAUCAGCUGUGCCCAGAGUCUCCAAGUUUCUUCCUCAGCAUUGCAAUGCUGUGCUGGGCCAGACGUGCACCACACAUCCCAACUGUCUGCAACAGUUUUGGGCAUAUUAAUAGCACAUGUUUGAAAUUCACACUCUAGACCACCUGUUGGGUGCAGUUUGACCAUACAGGAAGAACGGAACAAAGAAAGAUCUUGAAAGCUACACCCAGAGACCAAUAUCAAAAGCACUGUAAGGCUUCUGAUAAAUGUGCUAAAAGCUUCUGCAGACAGAUAGCAAAAGUGCUAACCACCCGCUUUCACUGAUCUUCAUAUGUACUUGGAUCUCCCCAGCCAGAGCACUACAAGAACAAAUGGCCUGGUGACCUAGACUUUUUUUUUUUCCUCCAAAAAGAUGCCACAAUUUAUGAUCCACUUGAUAAAAUGAGAAGAUUAGGGAGGUGCUUUGAUACUCUGGCAUCACCGAGUAUAGAUGUUGCAACCUGAUUCUUAUUUUUAGUAUCACUGUGAAUUACUGUCGCACAUUUCUAGGUGGUAUCUUUCUAGAUUUGACAUUUUAGAGAGCUCCCUUUGUUAUUCACCAUCCAAACUAAGAUAGUUUGAGAGAAGUGUUUACCUCCUCACUUGACUCCUCAUGAGUAAACUGACGUGUUUGUUUCUGUAUUUCACAAUUCCAUGAGUGAAAUGAUAGCUAAUAGGUAGAUUUUCCUUCCUGGAUCCCAGUUACAGCCUAACAGGCUUUUCUUUGUUUUUCAUCUCUUCCUCCCUACCGACAUUAGAAAAGACCGCUGAAAAUAAGGGGAGAAAAAUAUUUGUUUUACAUUUCACUGAAAUGUUCUUAUGCACAAUUUAAGUUUUAUUGUUAAAGAAAAUACUCAGUUUUGACCCUGAAAAUAAUAAUCUUUCUUUGUUUUGUUUAGUAAAUAUGUGUUCCCUCUUUUAGUAGUACAGUGUAGGGACUUUAAUUUUACUUUUUGAAAAGUAAGUAAGAGUUUUGAAAAGUUUAAAAAUUCCUUUAGGCAUAGCCUAGUUUUUAUGUUAAAUUGUACAACUUUUCUUUGAAGAUGCCAUGAUGAUGGAACCUGUAGAUGUUUGACAACUUUAUAAAGGAACUAAAAGUUUCCAACUAAGAUUGUAUG